AUGCUGGCCUUUUCGGUGCCCGAAAUUCCACGGCUGGAGGAUGGGGCCGAGGAAAUCCCUUUUCGUGUGGACCCCAAACUUUUCUUUGGUCUUGCAACCAGAGUGCGUGUGCUUCCGCGUGGGUUAGCCUUGCAGCAACAGGCGAGAACGAGCGCGCAGGUGUGGGUGGAGGAACAGCUGCAGCACUCACGGCGUCACGGAGACCCCCAUGCAAUGAGUGGUUCCGAUUUAGACGAGAGCGAUGACGGCAGCACCGGUGGGAACGGAGAGGGACGACGGCAGCAGACAUUUCGUCGGAAAAAGUUUGUUAAAUUGACGGACGAGGAUUUGGGCGUUGACUGGUAUGAAGUGCUUCAGCUGAGUCAGAAUGAUGGAUCGACGGAGGAGCAGAUUCGCACGGCCUAUCGCCGCCGCUGUCUGGAAACACAUCCGGACAAACAGAAGGACCAUUCGGAUGAGGCCUUCAAGAAGGUGCAGCGCGCCUUUGAUAUUCUUGGGGACUCUGAAACCCGUUUGGCGUACGACUCCUCUCGGCCCUUUGAUGACUCGAUUCCCAAUGAGACGUUGCCGGCAAAUGCGGAUUUUUAUGCCACCUUUGGACCUGUAUUUGAGCGCAAUAAGAAGUGGAGCAGCGAGCGGGACCUACCGUCCAUUGGUGACGACAACACAAGCCUAAAGGCGGUGUACAGAUUUUAUGACCGCUGGGCGCAUUUUCAGUCCUGGCGUGACUUCUCUCAUUUGGUGGAGCUUGAUGAAAUAGACGAUAGCAUGUGCCGCGAGGAGAAGCGUUACUACGCACGUGGGAAUGAGCGCCAGCUGAAUCACCUCCGCAAGGAGGAGCAGCAACGCCUGCGGACGCUUGUGGAGCGGGCCCGAAAAAAUGACCCCCGACUACGCCGUAAGCGAGAGGAAGACGAAGCCCGGCGGCAGCGUGAGAAGGAGGAGAGGGAACUGAAACGCCGUCAAUUACGUGAGGAAGAAGAACGUCGGCGUGCGGAAGAGGCGGAACGUGAGCGCCUCCAGCGGGAGGAGGCGCAACGAAAACAAUUGGAAAUUAAAAAUGAAAUUCGUCAGGCACAAAGAGACCUGCUGGCAUUUCUGGAGCAGCAUGGCCUCCUUGAUGAAACAACGACGAACAAAUUGCUGCCGCACACUGUGCGCCGUCCAAAUGUCGUGUGGAUUUUCUCAAAGGUUAGCACACCCGCGCAGGCCGCCGCUAUCCUUUCGGAUGUGAUGAGUUGUAGUACGGAGCGUCGUCCUGUCGACACGACGCGAGGAAGCGAGGGUGUUGGUAAUAGGAUCGGUGAUGAUGACGAGGAGGAGGGUUUAACCGUGGAGGCGGUUCUCCGUUUCAAUGCACUUGUUGAGGAAAACGAGCGGCGCAUUGGGGUGACGCGGUACGGCGAGCCCAUCAAGAAGCAUCCACCGUCUUCCACCGAUGUCGUUGAGGUGGCAAAGAAGAUUACCCCCAAACCGACAGCAAACUGGGACGAGGAGGAUUUGGUUCGCCUGCAGAAGGCAACCGCAAAGUACCCACCGGGAGCGGUAGACCGUUGGAGAAAAAUUGCCGAAAUGUUGCGUGGUAAAUUCACGGAGGAGGAGGCAAUGAGGAAGUUGAAUGAAAUUACAGCCGCACUAAAUCAUUCAAAUAACAGCGGCCAGAACACGCGUACUCCAGUGCAAAAGCAACCCCCUCUUUCAAAUACAUCCAAAUUUCCACCGUCUGCAGGUGGAGCGGCAGCGGCAGUUCCCCCGGUUCUAUCCACGGAGGAUUGGACGGUGAAGCAGCAAAAAAUGCUGGAGCAGGGAUUGCGGGAAUUGAAGGAAUACAAGGAAAGGGAUAAGUUUCAGAAGAUUGCGGCGAUGGUGGACGGCAAAAAUGCCAAGGAGUGUUUUGAACGAUAUAAAUAUCUAUGCACUAUGAACAAGCGUAAAUAA